UCUUUCUUUUCCCCUUCAGCCUUACCCUUUAUCUAAUAAAAUCUAAGACUCCAUGUUUUCUUCCCCAAAGUGCUUCCAUGUCUUCCUCCUCUCCUUCGCCCCUUCUGCUAUUCAACGGCCUCUCUCUUCUCCAUUCUCCCCUUCUCUGUAUAAAUUCCACUAAGAUUUUCUCACGUUGUUCCCACCAGCUGUACCCAACAAAGCUGCUUAAUUUUAAACUAAGAUGCGGUUUGGAGAAAUUUACUGAAGAAAAUACUCUAACUAGUCGAAGAACUGUGCUCGGAUUGAUUUCAUCUCUCUCUGCUUUUGGCAUAUUGACACACAGAACUAAUGGAGCUGGGUUGCCUGUAGAGCAAAGGCCAAGACUAUGUGAUGAGUCAUGUGAGAAGGAGCUUGAAAAUGUGCCAAUGACAACAACAGAAACGGGUUUACAGUACAAGGACAUACAAGUUGGUGUGGGUCCAACUCCACCUGUUGGUUUUCAGGUUGCAGCAAAUUAUAUUGCCAUGGUACCAAAUGGGCAAAUAUUUGACAGUUCUUUGGAGAAAGGUCAGCCCUACAUAUUCCGUGUUGGUUCUGGUCAGGUAAUAAAGGGACUUGAUGAAGGGAUUUUGAGCAUGAAAAUCGGAGGGAAAAGAAGACUAUAUAUACCAGGUCCAUUGGCUUUCCCUAAAGGACUGAGUUCAGCACCAGGAAGGCCGAGAGUGGCACCUAACAGCCCGGUUGUUUUUGAUGUGAGCUUGGAGUAUAUACCAGGUCUUGAAGUUGAAGAGUGAACUCAAAUGUUCUUUUUUUUUUUUUUAAUUACUGAUUCAUCCUAUUGUUCCAAAUUUUAAGGAGAUGUAAAAAUCGAAUUGUUACAGUUUGUUGAAUAUUGUAAUUGUCAAUUCUUUUAUUUACUUGUGUGUUUGUAUUGAAUUAUAUUAUAUUACAAUAAAUGGAAAUU